AUGUCCCUCCUAACGAAGGCCGCUCUCCUCCUCGCCGUCGCCGGCUCCGCCCUCGGCGCCCCCACUCUUACCAACCCCGGCGGUUUCAAGACCCAUGUCUCCGCCGCCGGCACUACUCACCACAUCCCCGGCCACGGCACUCACUUUGAGCUCCCAGACCAUCUCAAGCAGCGCUCCAUCCCCGGCGGCGGAGAGAUCGAAAGCACUCGGACGCCCGAACAGCAGGCCCCGUCGCAGACCAUGUAUACCAACCACACCUACCUCCCUGCCGAGGCCUUCAACCGCACUGCCACCGUCAGCAAGCGCAGUCUUCAGGCCUUGUCGGGCGGCGAUGCCAAUGGCGAGAAGAAAGAGCACAUCCCGAUGCCCCACAAGGCUUCGGUGCCCUUCGUCGACCCGGCCACCGGCAUUUCCUUCCAGCGGUUCUACGACGAGACCAGCCAGUUCUCCUUUGGCCUCGCUUUGUCCAGCCUUCCCUCCGGUGCUGAUGCUGCCGCCAACGACGCCACGGACUUUAUCGGCCAACUCUCCUUCCCUCUGAAUGCCACCUCCGGCCUAGGCCGCGGCGCCGGUUGGGGCGGGAUCUCCAUUUCCCCCAAACUUACCGCUUCCCACUUACCUCUCUUCCUCGGUCUCCAAUCCGAUGGCUUCGGUAACCUCGCCUUCUCCUCUUUCACCGAGGCCGUCAAGUCUGCUGCCUCCGGCGCUGCCUCCAACGUCCCCACGACCGCUGGCCAACAAGCCGCUUCGACCGGCAAGGACCUCGCCUUCAAGAUCCGCACCAUCCCCUCCGCUACGAGCAUCAGCGCCACGCACCUGACUUACACUUUCCUUUGCGAGGGUUGUCUGUCCAUCAGCAAGUGCGCUGCCAACUUGGACGCGUGGAAGGCCCAGGGAAAGACCAAGGUUUUGCGCCUUGGUUGGGCGACUGGUGACGCUGUUGCUUCCGAGGACGCCGAGAAGCAGACUGCCGCUGAUGAGCAAAACGCCAAGAAGUGGGCGUACCACCGCCUUGGCUUCGGACACCUCAAGAUCGACCUCGAGGGCGCUUUGUUGCACACGGCUGAGCAAUUUAACGGGUGGAAGGCCCUGGCGAUGGCGGAAGAGGUCAGAGGGUUUGAGGGGCUUGCGCCGCCGUUUGCUAUGGAUCUGGUGAAUGGGUUCUCGAACUUGGAGGGGGCCAAGAACUUGGAGAAGGUUAAGGGUGGUGAGGGCGAGAAGAAGGAGGAGGAGGGUGAGAAGGGCGUGGAGAGUGAGAGUGACAGCGACUCGGACAGUGAUUCUGACUGUGGAUGCAAGAGCGACAGCGAGAGCGAUUCCGAUUCGGAGAGCGAGGAUGAGGAGUAG